AUGGCACACAAUCUAGCACGCGGUUCAGCCGCAUUCCAUAGGGCACAGCAGUAUGCACUCACAAAUGCGCCCGUUGCUCGAAGCGUGAUGGUCAACUGGCAAGGUGGCAUCUUAGUUGGGCAGAUGGAAAUGAACUACGGCACCCACUCCUCUGGGCAAGCUGGUAUCUACCCAGCACCCAUACCGGUAUAUCCCGUUUAUCCAGUUUAUCCUGGUGGUGUAGGAGUAUUUCCAAAUGGGAAUCACAAUGGAGUCAUGGUGGCGCAACCGAUGCCACAAUUAUGGACACCGGCGUAUAUGCCGCAAAAUAUGGCUCAGACGCGCGCAUACUCUGCAGCAACCCAUGCAGAACCUCUUGACCAUUAUCAGCCCUUGCAAAACCAUCUUGCGAACAAUUACAAAGUAAGGCAAGGUUUUCUUGAAAACAUAAUCAACGCUACAUCGACUAAAGAGGAUCUCGAGAAGCUGCUGCUUGCUCUGGAAGACUAUCGUAGUCGAAAACAGCACCUUUCUAUGGCCACUACCACUAGGCUGGUAAAUAAGUGCUGUAAACUCAGCGAAUUGGAUGGCGCUAUGGACAUCCUAGAACAACUGCUUACGCAGACACAGAAGUACCGGGUGUUCCCGGAUCGCCCUGGGCUUCGUCUUAGUCUGUGUACCCUGCGCAAGGGUGGCCGUAUCGAGUCAAUGUUGCAAGUAUUUGAGCAGCAUAGAGACAACUACAAGGGGGGCAUUUUACUUCAGUUGCCGCCCCUUUGCAAAGCGGCUUCGCACGACGAAAAGACCUUUAACGUGGUUUUCGGGCUCUUCAAUGACGCGGUCAUUGUUAACCCGACUCCCGGCAAGAUGCCAAUUCAAGCGAUUACUGCACUAAGCGCCGCGGCUCUGAAAUUUGGGCAAAAUAAAAAGGCAAGGAAGAUUCUCGAUCAAAUCAAAGCUAUGGGAUUGGAAGAAAACCAAAGCUCUUUCGGCAUUCGCGUACAAUCGCUGACAAAUCAAGGAAAGCUCAAGGAAGCUGUCAGCCAAUUGAAGAAUGCUCCCGAGUUCUGCAAACAGAAGCUGCCUGAGUUCACGGUCAAGAACUUACAAGAAAAGGUCGAGGGUAGCGAAGAAGCUGCACUGAUCAAGGUAAUGCCUCUUUUUGUGUUCGCUCUGCAUAAGGCUUCAUACAGCGAUGGGGCACAGCAGGAGGCCGAUGCGUCUGCCGCUGUCGAUGAAGCUGUUUCUGCUGAGAGCAAGUAG